AUGGAUCCUAUUACUGUACUAGGUCUCAUCGCUACCAUCGGGGACAUCGUUACUAUUAUCUACGACUAUGGCAGCGCCGUUAAAGGUGCAGGCAACGACAUCGCUAGCCUGUCCAAGGAGCUAUUCGCUCUGCGUGGAGUCCUGGAACACAUUAAAGCGCAAGAAAAAGCCGUGAUGAAGAGCUCCGAUGGAGAUUCUACGGGAGCGUCCGCUCAACUUUUCGGAUCGAAAGAGUUCAAGAGCAUGCUCCGGUAUACCAAUGACAUCCUGCAGGAGCUGCUUUGCACCCUCGAGAUCCCAAAAGGGAAACUCAAGAAGGCCAUACACAAGCUGAGCUGGCCCUUCACAAAAGAAGAUGUGGACACGCAAGUCGCCAGCCUCGAGCGGGUCAAGACAUGGUUUAUUCUGGCAAUGAUGACCGACAGCCUGUCAGUGACCCAGAAGAUUUUCACGGAAGUCUCACAAAUCGCCAAGGCCAUCAAGGAAGAGCAUAAAGAUCGGCAUCAGUCGAAAAACGAUGCGGCCAAGCAGGAAGUGCUUCGCUGGUUGGCUCCUGUUAAUCCAGAGGCGCUUCACCACAAGGCAUGUAAAGCUCGGCAGCCUGGUACGGGCCAGUGGUUCCUUCAAGGACCGCUGGUUACUUGGCAGAAUGCACCCGCCGGCCGUAACCCUCUUGUGUGGUUGAAGGGAAAGUCAGGGGCAGGCAAAACUACUCUCAUUGCCCAUGCUAUUGAGAACAUCAUAUCUAAGAAAGGCGACGACCCAUCAGCUGGUAUUGCGUACUUCUACUGCGCCUUCGACAAUGCGGAUUCGCAACAGCCGGCAAGCGUUCUCGGUGCGCUGGCAGCGCAACUUGCAGCUAAGAACCCGGCUAUGCUUGAGGAAUUCCGGUUGCUGUAUGAGAGAGAGAAGGGGCUGGACUCCUCCAAGAAGCCGGAGAUGGCCGAGCUCGAGGCAGUGACCGUCAAGCAUCUCGCCGCUUUCUCGUCCAUUUUUCUGUUCAUUGAUGCGCUGAACGAGAGCGCGCACUGCAACACCUUGAUCCAUCUGCUAUUGAGGUUGCUAAAAUCAGUGAAGAACCUGCACAUUCUAGUGUCGAGCACUGUAGUAGCCGAGACCACUCCAGCUGCGCAUUAUCCUGACAUGACUGAAAUAGACAUGAAGUUUGAUGCGGUCAAAGAAGACGUCAAAGUGUUUACGGAAGCAAGGUUGAAAGAAGAUCCCAUGCUGGCUGGCCUUAGCGACAAGCUGAAAGCUGACAUCAGGAAAGUGAUCAUUGACCGGGCUUCUGGCUCGUUCCGCUUCGCUCGCAUGCAAAUAGACCACCUGAGUAGCCAAAGGACCGGCAGACUCAUUCGGGAAGCACUACAGCAGAUGCCUGUAGACCUCAACAGCACCUAUGUAAGCAUGCUGAAGAGAAUCUCGCCGGCCGACCGUGUCAUGGCCCGAAGAGCUCUGCUCUGGCUGUCCUUCUCAUCGCGGCCCCUUUACCUGUCCGAGCUUUGUGAAGCGGUAGUGCUCGAAAAGGACGACACAACGCUUGACAGCGAUAGCCGACUCCAGCAGCCUCAUCUUGUACUCGAAAUCUGCAAGGGCCUUGCGGAUUACAACUUAGAGACUCGUCAAGUCACGCUUGCGCACUCAUCCAUCAAAACAUUUCUCACGUCCGAAGCAAUUCGCACCUCGGAGGCAAGUUUCUACACGCUCAACCCGCAAUGGGAGAAUCAAACCAUUAUGCGAAAAUGUCUCGGAUACCUCCUCUUUACAGACUUUAGGAACGGCGAGAGUCGAGCUGAUCCCCGAACCGGUGUGUAUUGGCAUGAAUUUCCUCUGCUUAGCUAUGCGACAGUAUACUGGCUCCGUCACGUCAGCCGCGAGAAGAUCGGAGCGCGCGAUUGGGAGCUCAUCUCGCGCUUCUUCGACACCAGGAAGCUACCUAACGGCGGCAACUACGCCUGCUGGCUCCAACAUCUACUCCAGAGCCAUGAUCCGAAAAUUGCUGAGCGGACGGAACCGCUCUACUAUGCUGCGUCAUACGGCUGCCUGCCGCUCGUGAAGAAGCUGGUCGAAACGAAUAGCAAGUUGGAUAUUAACGCGAGAGGCGGUCGGUUCGGUGAUACGCCGCUACAUAUAGCCUUGUAUCGCAAACACUACGAUGUCGCCAAAUUCCUCCAACAGGCUGGAGCGGAUCCCCGACCGCCUGGGCCUAUAUUGUUAAGUCUGCUACAGAAGGGCAAGGGCGGAAAGACGGCAUAG